AUGGCGGAGGUUGUGUCGCGCCUCAUCACCACCAGGGCCUCCCUGCCGCAGCCGGGAGGGCCCCCCCUGGGGCUGCUGCUGGGGGCAGUAGCCCCAGCAGCAGCAGCAGAGGGGCCCCCCAAAGACAAGGGCCAGGGGGCCCCCCUGCAUGCUCUUCUGUGGGCCCCCCUCGCCUCUUUGUCUUCAGACCCGGACCUGGAAGAAGGAGAAGAUGCCCUGGCGUUUCUCGAAAAGAUGCAGCAGCAGCAGCAGCAGCAGCAGCAGCAGGUGGUAGACAGGCUCAUUCGGCAGGCUUCCCUUUGCUGCUCACAUCACCUCGUUGGGGGCAUCGCAAUUUUGGGGCUUUGGGCCCGGGUAGGCUGUGCUUCUGACCAGCAGCAGCAGCAGCACAUGCUGCGGCUGCAGCAGCAGCAGCUGCUGCUGCAGGACAAGCUGCAGCUGCGGCGGCUGGCGGAAGCUGUUGCAGAGGGGGUCGCCCAGGGCCUCAACGCAGCAGAUGAGGCAGCUGCUGCUGCUGCGACGUUCCAGCAGGAGGCCAGCAGCAGCAGCAGGAGGCUCUCGAAGCAGCCCUUCGUUUUCGUGCUGCUGCAGCAGCAGCAGCAGCAGCAAGACACGUCGGUCUACUUUUCCUACUUCUCCAGCAGCUUCGCGCCGUCGCCUCUAAAAGCUGCUGAAGUCUGGCCCCUCUCUGCUGCUGGGGCCCCACUGCAGCAGCUGCAUCCCAAGCAGCAGCAGCAGCAGCAGCAGCAUCAUUUGCAGCUGUGUUGCAGCCCCGUGAGCCUCCAGGUGACCCUGCUGCUGCCGCCGACUCUGCUGCAGCAGCAAAGCGCAGCUGCGCUCCUGGGGGGCCCCCAGCUGAAGCAGCAACUUAGGGGGGCCCUCCGGUGUGUGGCAGCUUGGGUCCUGCUGCUGCUGCUGCUGCUGCGGCGCAGCAGCAGUGCAAGGGGGCCGUCUGCGACGCAGACAUGA